GCGAAAUUUGGACCUCGCAAUCAUCUCGCCCGCAAACGCGCAGAGCUUCCCGAUCACCGCUCUCGCGCAACACGCUCCUCCGCCCACGCCCGACGCCUGCCCACGCAUCCUUUCGUGUCUCGUUCGGCAAGCUCGCGAAGCAAUAGUCAAGAUGUCGUCGAACAAGCAGGGAAAGAUGAUUGGCUACAUCAACUGGCGCAUGCGCAUCAUUCUGAAUGAUGGCCGCCAGAUGACGGGCCAGAUGCUUGCGUUUGACAAGCACAUGAAUCUCGUUCUCGCCGACACCGAGGAGUUUCGCCGCGUGAAGCGCAAGCACGCCAAGUCCGGCGCCCCAGGUUCCGACGCGCAGGUCAUCGAGAACGAAGAAAAGCGAACCCUCGGCCUCACCAUCGUCCGCGGCGCCCAGAUCAUUUCUGUCUCCGCCGAAUCUCCUCCCCCUGCCGAUCCCAGCGCCCGACUCGGACGUUCCACCGCGGGUGGCAUUCCCUCGACCCUCGGCGCCGGCCCCGGUGUCGCCCGACCCGCUGGUCGCGGUGCCCCUCCCGCCAACUUGGCUGUGAGCACCAACCCUCUUGCCAUUGCAUUGUCCCAUGUCAGACUUCUUGAAUCGCUCUUGACUAGAGCUAACGAAACCCAGGGCCCUGCUGCCGGCGUUGGCGGUGGUGUCCCUCCUCCCGGUUUCCCUGGCUUCCCAGGCGGUGCGCCUCCAGCUCCCUUCGGACGUGGUAGUGGUCCUCCCCCCGGAUUCCCCGGCCAGUUCCCCCCUCCUGGCUUCCCGGGCAACUUCCGCCCUCCCGCCGGUUUCCCAGGCGGCGCCCCAGGUGGUCCCCCCGGCGGACCCCCGGGCUUCAAUCCCCCUCCCCGCCACUAAGGGAGACGCAUCUUUCUUGUUGUUUUGGCGCUGGGCGGAUUGGAAUUCGAUGCUACGUUUUGCAAAAACAUGACGACACGCUUGCCGCAGGCAUGAGACCUGAAUCUGCUGUAUAAAGGGGACAUGCGAGGUCCCCCCGGCCACCGGCAUGGGGCAUGACAGUUUGCAAAGUGCGUCAUCUGGGUCGAAACUGUAUGUGAGACUUUCUUCACAUCUCCGCUCUGACGACGAUGUUGACAUGGAGUGGGCGGAAGAUUUCGUGGGAUACAGGGCUCCGUUGCUUGGUUCGACGCUCCUGUGCCAGCCGAGGAGGCAUGCGUUGCCUCGGGGUUGACGCAGUCUCGAGGUCAAGUUCGUCCGUCGACAGGAUCGAGCUUGGGGGAGUAGGCAGGUUGGACUCAGGUCACUGUUUAGCCGCGCACGGAAGCCCUGGAGUUCACAUGCUAGUUGAGGCCCUUAAUAGAUUGGCUGCCUUGCAAGUUGUUGUUUAGGUUGCGAGUGGUGCAUGACAUGACACGGAGCUCGCGUCAUUUCCCGAAAACCAAAAGGUUUGUUGUUCAAAGAUUGCGUCUACGGUAGGUAUUGAAGAGUAACGGCUGGCCAAGGGACGAUAACACCAAACGCCGCUUGUGUUGUGGCAGAGCCACCUUUGACCCCUGUCUUUCCUUGGUCUCUCCUCCUUUAACCUCCCUCUCUUCUUGAUUUAGGCGAGGCGCUCACACCCCGACAGCAUGGCUAAAAACUCUAGCCGCAAGCUGGCUCAGAAGCCUUGACCUGUCAUCCUGCGGCAGCUCCUACACGCGUCGUCGUCAUCGUCGUCGUCAGCAAUCCGUGGCGACAUCAACAAUCACAGGGGGAGAGUAGGAAAUCAGAAUGGAAAGGGAGGGCGUGCGUUCUUCACGCAGUUUCGAAUACGAAAAAAGACGCUCGCGACUGCGCACUACUCACCAGGAAGACGGCGUAGACGCUCUUCCCCUUGGCGUCGCGAACGGCGCCUAGGCGGUUGCCCGCGACGGCGCCGGCGACGAGGCCCGGGACGUUUGCGACGAUGAAGCCGAGGGCGCCGCCGCUGACGCCGCCGAGCAGGGCCCAGAACUUGCCCGUGGGGGCGUUGGAUCCGUCGCCCUCGGCCAUGCCCUCGUCGCGCAUCAUCUCCUCGAAGACGUCUUCGAACUGCGCGUCCUCGGUCUGCUGACGAUUGCCACGAUGCUGGUUCUGGUUCUGAUUUUGGCGCC